AUGAAAGUCACGGCCUGGUGUACAGCGAAAUGGAAAGACGAGUUGUUGGUUUGGGAUAAAAUCCAAUAUGGUGGCUCGGGCAAGUUCUACGUCCAUGCUGAAGACGAAUUCGACGUGUGGACCCCAUAUAUCAUUGUCAUGAACACGAUUGGUGAUUUUGUGAAACUAGGAAACGCCGAUUUUCCGAUGGUGGUAAAAUCAUCAGGCGAAGUUACCAUGGAAACGGGAGUGUCUCUCUCAACGCACUGUGACGCGGACAUCACGUACUAUCCGUUCGACACGCAGUCAUGUGACAUCGUCAUCGGAACAGUUGUUUACACUCAAUCUCAGGUCAACAUGACGAUAGAGGAGAUUCUUACCGAGAAUUACCGAGAGAAUGGAGAGUGGGAGCUGGUUAAUCUUGCGGGAUCUCGUCACGAGAUCACGCUGGACGAGGAAACCGAGACGUUGUUGACAUUGACCUUGACCUUGAAACGUUUACGUCCCUUUUUCCUGAUCAAUCUCGUUGUACCUCUGAUGUUGCUCAGCGCCCUCAAUGUGGUGGUGUUCGCACUUCCGGUGGAAUCAGGGGAGAGAAUUAGUCUAUCGAUCACAACUUUACUCACGUAUGCCGUGUUCCUUUCGGUCAUCGGGGACUCUCUGCCCAACACAUCGAGGAGCUCACCAAUUGUCGGAGUGUACGUCCUGAGUACAUUUGUACUGAGCGUUCUGGCAGUCUGCCUCAGUGUUCUGCUUCUAAACCUCCAUGGUCGCCAGGGGGAAACGGUUCCGGUGUGCCUGCAAAGGGCGUUCAGAUGUAGGCUCUGCGCAUGUCUGACAUCUGGAUAUCGAGGCUGGAACGGAAAAGAGAACGCCAAUGACCCACGUGGCGAUUGUAGCUAUAGAAAAACCGGACCUGCACCAGAGGUUGUUUCUGUAGAAAAAACGGAGGUUGUGAACGGUGAGGAAUUUCCCAUCGAAGUUCACAAAGGAUCUAGGAGAAUAGAAAGAGGAAUGGUAGGCGUCGAUGUGAAGAAGACGGCCCCCGGAAAACUUGAACCUGACGUUGAUUGGCACACCGUUGCCCGAGCUCUCGACAGAAUCUUCUUCUGGUCCUUUCUGACCGUCUGUAUGUUGGUCUGUCUGGUCGUUACCACACUGUGGGUCUCCCACUGAGCAUUGAUCAUUUGAACAGACUUUGUUAAUGAGUGCUCUGCAACUGACCGCUUUAGUUGCAAAUGUACUAUCCAUUGUGCCUAAGACAGCACUUACCUCAUCGACUCAAAGGGAGAUCGACUCAUUUCUACGAUUUUUCUCGUCACGCAACUUUUCUUAAACCACACAGCCCUUUAAUGAUUGUCUAUAUCAGCUUUAAGUAACUCUAAAAUGAGAAACCUUGUGGACAUUGCUGUUGUCAAACGUGAUAUUACGUGAGUUCAGUUUUUUUCUGACAGUUCACUGAGGGCAUGACUGAGUAACGUGCGUGCUGUUAUAAAAAAAGACAUAAAAAACAAAAACAAAAGACAAAAACAAAACAUAUGCUUCCGUCCACUAAAUCUAUUUCAUUGUUUUUAACGCCCGACUCAAGAAUGUUCAUUCAUAGGAUUUAUUUGAGUGGUGAUUUACACGAUUCUAGAGAAUAUUACACUUAUACAACUGCGGCCAGUAUUAAACAGAACCCGAUGGAAACCCACGACCUCUCGCAGGCUGCAAGCAGAUCCUCCUAUACUUACCACUGGAGAGGAAGCCAGCAUAAGCAUUGACUCCUGACAACCACAUUGGUGACAGGUUCCCGGGUACACUAACCUCCUCCGCCACUUCACGCAAAAGAUGGCGUUAAGGUUUACAUGUGGUUCAAAUCCGGAGUACCUUGGGUGAACC